GGGGGCCCUGAGGGGUUUUGGGGGUCCCUGACCCCCCCCCUGCCCCCCCAGGCCGAGGCGCGGGAGGAGGCGCAGCGGGUGCUGAACCUGGUGGGGGAGGGGCAGCGGCUGCUGGGCAAUGCCCUGGUGGCCCUGGCCGAGCUGCGCUGCAAUUUGGGGGGGCCCCCCCCCCGCCCCCUGCACCUGGCACGGCCCCUCCCCCACUACGGACCCCCCAUGCUGGUGCAGCAGGCGACCAUCCCCAUCCAGAUCAACGUGGGCACCACGGUGACGAUGGCCGGGAACGGGGGUCCCGCGCCCCCCGCGCCCCCCCCGGCUGAGCUGCCCCCCGGCCCCACCCCCCCCGCGCCCCCCGCCCCCCCCGGGGACCCCCCCGAGGCGGCGCCGCCCCCCCCGGGCCCCUCCCCCCCCACCCCGGGGCCCCCCCGCGUGAUCCGGAUCUCGCACCAGAGCGUGGAGCCCGUGGUGAUGAUGCACAUGAACAUCCAGGAUUCGGGCUCUCCCCCCGGGGGGGGCUCGGCCGGACCCCCCGGCCCUGGGCUGGGCAUCGGGGGGGUGGGGGUGCAGCUGCCCCCGCUGCCCCCCGAGUUCCUGCAGGCCGUGGCGCAUCAGAUCACGCAGCAGGCCAUGGCGGCCGCGGCCUCGGCGGCCACAGGCCAGGCCGUGGGGGGGUUCCAGCCCCCCACCCGCGUGGUCAUCGCCCGGCCCUCGGCGCCGCCCCCGCGCCCCACCCACCCCGGAGCCCCCCAGGCCGGCGCCGCCCCUGGGGGGGCGUCGCUGGCGCAGGUGAUCAGCGGGCUGGUGGGCCAGCUCCUGAUGCAGCCACUGGUGCUGGGUGAGCCGGACUGGGAGCACUGGGAGCCACACUGGGGGGGCACUGGGCUGUACUGGUGGUUACUGGGAGCUGAGGGGGGGGGAUGGGCGGUCUCUGGUUCCUGUUACGGGGUGGGGGCGGGGCCUGGGUUGUAUUUUGGGGGGUCCCGGGGGUGCCACGCCCCCCUGACCCCCCCCCCCUCCCCCCCCCAGCCCAGGGCGUCCUCGGCCCCCCCCGCCCCCCCCACCUCCAACUCCGCCCCCACCUCAGGCCAAGCCCCGCCCCCGGCCCCGCCCGGCCCUGCCCCCCCACUCGGGGGGGCCCCGGGGGGUCCCGAUGGCUCCGCCCCGGCCCCGCCCCCGGCCCCGCCCAGCGCGGGGGGCGGGGCCGAGGCGCAGCAGCGCCCCCUGGUGGGGCUGCUGGGGGGGCUCCUGGGGGCGGGGCCAGCGCCGCUGGUGGGCGUGGCCGUGCCUGGGAACAGCCCCCUGCUGGAGGGCGUGGCCGAGCUGCUGCAGGCCGCCCAGCCAGGCCCCGCCCCCCCCACGGGCGAGGCCCCGCCCUCCUCCGACCACUCCCCCUCCCCCACCUCCACCGCUGCCCCUCCCCCCUCCCCGCCGCCCCCUCCCCCUCCCCCCAGCGAGGGCGGCCCCGCCCCCCCGGCGGGAGGCCCCGCCCCCGGCGAGGGCGGCCCCGCCCCCGGGGAGCCGCUGCCCCCCGAGUUCUUCACCAGCGUCCUGCAGGGCGUGCUCAGCUCCAUGCUGGGACCCCUGGGCGCCCCCCCCAGCGGCCCCCCCGAGAGCAUCGCCGCCUUCCUGAGCCGCCUCAGCGGCACCCCCGGGCUGCUCGAGGGGUCCCCGGGGCCCGACGGUUUUUUCGGGGCGCUGCUGGCGCUGAUCUGCCAGCACCUGUCCAUGGUGGACGUGGUGCUGCUGCUGCACGGGCGCUGCCAGCCCCUGGCCCGGCUGCAGCCGCUGCUGCGCCGCUGCUUCCGCCAGCGCUACCUGGGGGGACGCGACCCCACCGAGGCCAACGUGCGGGCGGCCACGCACAACCUGAUCAUGGGGCUGGAGGGGUUCAUCCGCGAGAGCUUCGCCGGGGUCCGCGUGGCCGACGGGGUGGACAUCACCCGCACCAACGUGGAGUUCCUGCGCGAGCAGUUCAACCGCAUCGCGCUGCACGUGCUGCGCUGCACCGACGGCUCCUUCGGGCCGCGGCUGCUCGAGCUCUGCAACCGGGGCCUGUUCGAGUGCCUGGCGCUGAACCUGCACUGCCUGCGCGGCGAGCGCGGCGCGCUGGGGGCGCUCAUCAGCGACCGCAUCCGCCGCCUCUCGGCCGACGUGCCGCCGUCGCUGGUGGGGUGGCUGACGGCCGUGGUGGGGCUGCGGCUGCAGGCCGUGCUCGAGCAGAUGCCCGUGACCCCCGAGCAGGUGCUGCCCUACGUGCGGCACCUGGGCGAGCCCCCGGAGCCCCCGCCCCGCCAGCCGCUGCCCGAGGAGCCAAUGGAGGUGCAGGAGGCGGAGCCACCCCCGGACGACGCCCAGCGGGACGGGGCGGGGUCCCCCGCCCCCGCCACCACGGCCGAGGAGGCCCUGCCCCCCCCCGAGAGCGACAGCGAGGCCUGGGCGGCCGCCGUGCCCCCGGAGUGGGUCCCCAUCAUCCGCGAGGACGCCCAGCGCCAGCGCAAGGCGAAGCCGCAGCCCCCGCUCAGCGACGCCUACCUGAGCGGCAUGCCGGCCAAGCGGCGCAAGGUGAGUGACCGCCGAGUGACCAGUGAGUGACCAGUGAGUGACCAG